AUGGGCAUGUACGCCGACACCAAGCUGAUUGAUUUGAUUACACACCAGGCCUCAAAACCCAACGACCGCAAAAAAAUGGACAUGGAUCUAUGGUGGUGUCCGGUGUGCGAGCGAGCGAUAACCGAGCAAGAAGAGCAGGUGCCACGGCCGGGGCUGCAGAAGCGGGGGACGGUUCCGCCGACCCAGCCCCGCUACACGAGCCGGGGCGGGGUGUAUGCGCCGAAGGGGAGUCUGUACUGCUCGGAUGCGUGUCGGGAAGUGGAGGAGCUCAACGGGCGGACGGCGUUCGAGCAGCUGGCCGCCUGUCUGCCCGCGCUCCUCGGCCGGCCUUCGCCGCCGGAGCCGCCGGAGUCCGACAGCACGCUCAGCGGGACCGACGAGCUGACCUCGAGCCGCUCCGUCUCCUUCGGCCGGCGCCCCGGCGCCCCUGCGCCCAAGCCGCCCUCCUCCCCCAGCUCCGACGAGCUCCCCGGCCUCUCCACCUCCAAGCUCGCCCUUCAGCGUCCCGGGGCCCCCAAGGACCCCGACCCUCCCGCCCGCAGAGUGCCCAUCCUGCUCUCGCCUAACGGCACCCCCCUCAUUGAGCCCACCUUCCCCCAUCGCCCGGCCCUCGGCCCCCACCAACGCCGGCACCACUCGCACUACUCGCCCCAGAAACGCGGCUCGCCCCACUCGACCGUCGUCCGCGCAGCCUCGGCCCUGAAAGUGGGCCCCGCCGGCGUCGUCCCCACGCCCUCCGCCUCUGCGCCCACCUACGCCCUCCCCACUGCUGCUGCCGCUCCUGCCGGCCCCGCCCGGCCCGCAGCGACCACAACAACCAUCCUUAACGGCCAGCCCGGCGGCCGCAACGACAUGGAGUUCGCCCCCGACGCCCGCGCCGGAAAACCCACCUCGCUCUUCCGCCACUACGGCCUCUUCUUCCGCCCCCGCCCCGGCGCCGCCCAUGCGGCCUGGGCCGACUUCGCCGACGACCUCGACGCCCCCGCUUGGCCGCCCCACGCCGGCCCCGCUGCCGCCGGGAUGGUCAGACAGCCCAGCGGCCCCGCCUCCCGUCGGGCCCGCCCCCGGCUCCUCUCGCCGCCCGCUGCCGCCGCCGAGGCUCCCCACCCGUCGGCGCCGUCCAGGAACCAGCGCCCUCGGCCCCCCGCGGCCGCCGCCGAUAACCCCUGUCGCUCCUGGACCUGGGACCACCUUUCUCCCGACGAGCCCCAGUACCCCGCCAUGGACCUCGCCCAGAUCCGGCUCUCCAAGCUGCUCCGCCUCCACCAGUCCUCCCUCCCCGCUACCGGCCCCGCCCCCGCCGCCCCCAACCCCCUCAAUAUCCGCGCCGACUUCCGGCUGCCCGGCCGCGCCGUCGACGACCCGUUUCCCGUCGUCGUCCAGAGCAAGAAGAAACUCUUCAUCUUCCACUAA